AUGCCGGAAUCUAAUGCUUUGAAGACUGCUGCUGGUGUUGCACGGCAGGGAUAUGGCGAGAACGGUAUGGUGAGGGUUGAGGGUUUGGGUGUGGUGGUGGGUGAGAGGGUGGAUGGGAUGGGGGAUAAGAAGGGGAGGGAUGGUAGAGAUGGAAUGGGGAGUGGAAGUGGGAAGGUCAUGGGGGAUAAGGAUGGUUAUGGAAAUGUGAAGGAUAAGAGGUUGAGAGCUUUAUUUGUGUUCGCGCAUAAACUCGAAAAUGAUCUCGAUUUCUUAGAUGCAAGUCUCAGUCGAGAUGUAUUCAACUUUACAUUUACAACGGUUGAAGGAAAUGGGACCUUUAGAGAAUUGGAGAACAGUAUAGCGACUUUUCCGACCAAGUUAAGUUCGAGUGCUAGGGACAAAGCUCAGGAAUUGGAUGAGAAGGCGACGCAUAUUUGGAAUGUUGCGACGAGGUUGAGAAGGAGUCUUCCUGGCGAGAAUGAUAUGGAAGUUGAUGAUGAUGGCUCAAAGACUUGGGAUAAGAAAAAUGAACUUAAGGGCUUAUUGAUCAUGGUUAGGAUGUUUGCCUUUCUCGUGCUAGAUUGUGCGAAUGAAUGUGGAAACUCUGCCGCUUAUUUGCGCGAAGCCACCAGCGAGAAUAAAGACAAAGAGAAAGUGGAGAAAUCGAAGGGAAAUUUGUUGAGGCUGAUGAAAGUGGGGAUCAAGACGGGAAGAGACUGUUUGAAUGGACAGAAAAUCGAUUAUGCAGUCAAAGCCUUAGAAAAGCUUGCAGGAUAUGCAGGAUAUAGUGAAGAACUUUUACGUACAUACGCAUCACCCGAUAAAUCAGAAGAAAGGGCAACUUGUGCGAGAUUCACGGCUGAGUAUUUCGUUCUUAGGACUUUAUUGGCAUGGCGACAAGAUGAUAUGCAACUCGCUGAACAUAUGUUCAAUAAAUCCAUGUCCUUCAAAGAACUCUUCGACCAUUCUACUACCGAAAGUCUCUCGGAUACUUUAUAUGAAAUGGGAAAGGCAUUACGUGAGAAGAAACAGUAUGCACUCUCAGUAAAAUGGCUGGAGCGUGCCUAUAAUGUUUUAAGUGGCGAUGAUUUGGACAAACUGAGUGCUGAUGCUACAGAAUUACGAAUAUCUAUCAUUCAAACGCUUAUCAAGGCACUCUUGGAGACUAACACAUCAGAUUCUAUACAACGGGCACGGGAUUUGGUCGAUCUUCUUCAGAGUGAACUCGGAGAUAAGUUAGUGGUUCUACUUUUGAAACUAGAACUUCUGAUGGAAAUCCCAAAUGAAACUUUUGAUGGCUUGGCAUAUACUGCUAUUCUGAACAAAAUGACUCGAAUUGUGGUCUUUAAUUCGACUAAUCUGCGAUUGCUCAUUUUCCAUGUUAGGAAGUUGCAUGAAAAAGCACCCAGCUUGGCAUGCGGAGCGUUGGAUGAGAUGAUCAGACUACGAGUCAAGGAGUUAGCAACUAUGACAGAAUGGUUAGAAAAGGUGCUUCACACGAGGAUCUGGAUGGCUGUCGGUGGGAGGGAGACUGAAGAUUUAUUUGUCGGCAUUGAAGGAUUUCUUACAAUGAUUGUGGAGAAUGUUGAGAAACCUGUUGGUGUGGAGGCUACUAUGAUGGCUCAUUCGUUAAUUUGGAAGAAGAUAGAGGCAAACUACAGCAUAUCGGAGUAUGAAUUAACGGGGAAAUGGUGUCGCGUUGCUAUGCAUAAACUGUUUGAGAAAUCUGGAGAGGCUAAUAUGGCUAAGAUAUCACGAAAGCUUCUUCUAUGUGCCCUCAGUCGAGGAGAUAUUAACUCUGCCCGUAAUAUCUUUGGCUCUAUGUCAGAUUCAGCAAAAGAAGAGCCACUAACACGAUUUCUCAUGUACAAGGUAGCAAUCAGAAGUAGUGAGGUUGAAUUAGCAGCAGAAUGUCUCGAAAGGGUCGCCUCAUGCUCUGAAGAUACAAAUCUACUUUUCGCUUGUGUCCUUGAUGCUCAAAAGGUUGGCAAUAAAACACAUGUUUUAAAUGCUCUCUGGUUGGUACUAGAGAGAUGUGGAUAUGGUUUACAGCAGAAUGUGCAUCUUCCGUCGAUCAUUCGAAUGAUUAUUGUUCUGCUUGUUGGUGUUAUUGCUACCGAGGAAGCAUCAGCUAAUGACACACGAGAGAACAUUGAGAAGCUGUGUGUGCUAUUCGAAAAAGCACUGCACGUCAUCCAAAAAUCCUUCAAUCGAGAAAUCUGGACACUCGUCGAACUCGAAUGGUUUUCAAGAAACUCUUACAAUCUAUCCCUCAAAUAUCUCUCUACAUGGGAUCCAACCCAUUCGCUCCGAAUGUUAGCCUGCUGCAUCGGAUUCACUGAUCGCUAUCCGCAAGACAUUGGCGAAGAUGCAUAUGAAGAUGUUACACUCCGAAAAAUGUUCUGCAACUUCUGUGCUGCUACAACUUUCGUUUCGAUUGCAAGAGCAGAACAAAAUCUCGAAAAGCAACUACAAUUCUAUCUCGAUUUACGAAAACAUGUAACAAGCUUUGACCGUUUGUUACAGGAGAAAAUAGAAAAGCUAGAAGUGGAAAUUACUGAGGAUUUAUUGCAGAAAUUGUCUGUUCUGCUGGCUUUUGAUUUUGAGGCUGCAUGUAAAUUGAAGGAUUGGGAUGGUUUGGGAGAGAUUAUAAUUAAGGCGGGAGUCUGCAAGAGUAUGAGGGUUUAUGAAUUGAUGGCGGAUUGUAUUUUGAGUUGUGAGGCUCCUACUCAAGUUCUAAUCAUAACACUCAAAAAAAUCACAAACAAAACUUGGGAAAUUGAGGAAUUUGAUACGGUAAAACUGUCAAAAUACAUGCGAUGUUUGUUUCAGGCAGCUAUGGGAAAUGAUGAUAAGAUUGCGGGGGAACUACUUGAUCAAGUUUGUAUGCUUGCUGCUGAUGCUGCUGAGACCGAAAUUCCCUACCCAACUCAAGAACUCGAUUGGUUAGCAACUAAAUCCUUUAAUCAUGCUAUAGAUCUCUAUAGUGCAGACCAAGAUGAGGCGUGUAAGAGAUGGGCUGGGAAAUCUAUUGCUGUAGCGGGAUACUGUGGAGAUGGGGGGAGUUUGAAGAAGCUAUUGGUGGGGAGAUUCGGGGGGUUGAAGUUUGAUGUUUGA